CAUCGGACGGCGGACGUUCGUUUCGCGAUAAGCGCGCGCGUAAUAUUUUAUACAAAUCGUAUAGGUAGAUACGCGUUUUAUUAUAUACGUCUGUAUAAAUUGUGAUUUGCGACCCACAGCGUUUCGGCGUGGCGCACGCGUACACUACGUAUAUACAAACGUAUUUUUUUUUCACACACACACACACACACACACAAACACACACAUAUAUACACGUAUACGCGUACUUACUUUUACAUUUGUGUAUAUGUAUAUUAUAUAUAUAUAUGUACGCGUUUCGCUAUAAACGAGCACUCCUGUUAUUGCGCGCGUACGGCCGACGCCGAUUUUCGAAUUCUGUCGUUCGCCCGCAGUCGGUCCUCAUAGAUUCGCCGAUAUUUUGCGACAAUAUACGAACGUCGAUUUGUUUUAUUUAUUCGUUUUUUCUAUUUUUUCUUAUCGUCCGUCGUUCCCGUCUCAGCCGGUCGCCGGUAUAAUAGCAGCAUCACCGGAGCUCGAAUUAUUUCUUUUUGGGUGUUUCGCGGCACCCCGUACACGCCGCCGCCGGUCGACUCCUGCACGAUAAUAUACCGUUCAGCUAGAAUAUCUUUUAGUUUUUAUCGAUCAAAUCGGUUUUCACGCGGACCGCCGGAACAAACCACGAUGGACGAUUCUUGGUACAAAUCGGUAAGUCCGUCCGGCGGAAAAUCCGUAAAUGUUAUUCUUAAUAUGAACGGCGCACUUGAGUGUUCAUAUUUGGGAUGGGGGGGGGAGUAUAAUUAAGUGAUACAAUUAACACACUCUCACAUAUGCACCCCGGUUGUACCACGAGCGUCAUUUGAGGGAUUCAGACUAUAAUCCGGCAGCUUUAUUUUUUUAUUUUUGUGUUUUCGGCUGGCAUAAAAUGUUAUUUACCUAAUUGUACAAUAGUGGAUUAAAUGUAGACAGAAAAAUAUACAAAACAGAAAUAUUUCCCUCUUCUAUUAUUUGAAUAUUAAAAAUUAAAGUGGGAAUACGAGUUAUCAAAGAAAUCGAAAAUUUUAUUUUUCUUUUCCGUGAAAUAAACAUGGUAUACCUAUAUAUAAUGGCUUGAUGUAGGAAAAAAUUGGCCCGAUUCAAAUGUUUGCAUUCCAAUUGAAAAACUGAAAUGACGCCUCUGGGUUGUACCCGAGAGACCGAACUAACUUCUCGAAUUAAAAUAAUAAUAAAAAAAAAAAACAACAGCAAAAUGUUCAACAUACUAUUUACGUAUAUGACCUACGCUCAUGCGUAGGCCACUGUCGUUAGGUGAGAAACUAGAAAGUAGAAUUAUAUAUUUAUAAUAUAUGGCUAUUUAGUUUAUGACUGCAUUGUGCAAUAAUAAAUCGUUGAAAACGAUUCUGAGCGGAAGUCGGUUAUUUAUUCGUUCGUUGAUAAAUUUAUAUUGAAAAUUGUAUUCAAUAAUGUAACAAAAAAAUAAAUGACUAUUGUUUUUUUAUGGACUUCGUCACAAAUUCGAACUAGUAAACAUGUAUGAAAAAUAAUGAAUUAAGGCUCACUUUUUUUUUUUUCAUCAUAAAGUAUGAACCCCGUGUCAAAUAUUCGAAAACCAAAAAAUAUUCAAAAAUGUCAAAUACUAGUAGCUUAUACUAAGUACUAAGUAGCUUAUACUAAAGAACAUGAACAGCGCCGAAGUAUUUUUAAAAUCGAACCACGUCUAAGGAGUAUAUACUAAUAUUAUAAAAAAUCAUCGGACAAAAUUACGGAUCACCGGGAAUACUUUUCACCGGGUAACAACGAAUAACAAAAUCGACUUUAACAGAAUCCGUUGUAAAUAAUGCACUGAUACUUAUUAGAUUUUUUAAGAUGACAAAAUCAUCAACCGGCAUUAAUGAUUGGAACAAGAUUGAAAAUUGAAUUACUCUUCGUUUUUUUAUUAUUAAUUUAUCUUUGUAAAAAUUAGCUCUCCGGCAGAUCGCUCCUAUCGCCUCCUGAAAUACACCUAGAUAUUCCUAAGUGCAUAUUUUCGACUCGAGCGAAAAUACGAUUUAUAUUGUACGUACACCGUAAAGACGAGCAAAUAUUGUUAUUGUCAGUUACUAGCGUGUACAAUUUACUAAUUAUAAUUUUUUUUUGUUCUGUUCGAACAUUGCAAUGAUUUACAACUCGCAAACGUUUAAUUUUUAUUUAAUAUAGUUUUUUUUUUUUUUUUUAAUUUAUUACUUAUUGUAGUUCCUACGCGCGUAUUUUCAGUCGAAAUUACAAACGGUGGUUACUAUAAUAAUAUACGCGUCGUGUUUGCUAAUUUUUUAUUUAAAUUCGUUUUCGAUAGGCGUGAAAAACGCUCAUCACGAACGAAACUUAAAAGCGUUUUUACCAUGGAUAAUAAUUAAGCGAAAUCUCGUACAAUAAAAAUAAUAACGUGUACCUGUAGGUGUUUUUUUUUCUCUUCACGGAUUACUCCGGAUACGCUGAAAAAAAAAGAACCAAUAUAGCGCAAACAAACGGAACGAAUAUGUUUGGUUUUUUUUCGUAGUAUUUACGCGUUCGCUGAUUUAUUUAUUAUUAUACAACAUAUUAUAAUACAGGCGAGGACGUUAGAAUGAAAACUAGAAUGAUAUUAUAAUUUUUCGUAACUUGUCAGAAUAAACCGUUCUAUUCGUUUUCAAUGAGAUUUUUGUUUCUUUGUCGGGGGCAGCCUGCCUGAAUGGCUCCGGUCUUUAGUUUGUUGAUUCUCGAAUACGACACAAAUUCCGUAGUGGCAACAUUAAAAUGUUAUACAAUCCGAAACUCACAAUCGAAAAUAUAUUUAACUAAUUAAUUAAUUAAAUAGACAGGUUUUAGCCUGAACUUAAUUUUUAUGGAAUGUUUUUUUUUUUUAAGUAUUACUAAUAAGUUUUGUCCCGUCUAAACUUAAUGGCAGAUAAUGAUUAAUAUAAUGAUUGGUAUAUAUGUCUAUACACACUAUUCUCUCGCAUCGGUUCUGACAAUAUAGCGAAAUUAAGUCAUUCGGAACGUAAAUCGCUGAGAUGGAAUUGAAAUUUAAGUUUAAACACAAACAACACAAUUUAAAGAGGAAAAUAAUUUUGAAGGUUAUACGUAUUUUUUUUUUUUUUUUAAACAAAUAUCAUACAAAAUAGUUUCAGCUAUUUAAAAGAAAAAAAAACUAACGUGACUAUAACAUUAUAAAUGGAAGUAUUUUUUAUAAAGUAAUAUAAGUAGCGUUUAUUAAAUCUUAAUAUUGAUAAUGAUAUUGAAUUUAUUGGUUCAGUUUUUUCAUUUUAAUCGAGAUAUUAUAAACGAUACAUUUACUUUAAAAUUAAAUUUAAACCACAAACUCGUUUUUAACCUCUUAUGGAGAAAUCCUAAUUCGGCGCGAAAUGGUAGGUUAGGAAUUUGUGUUGUCUAAUAUUAUACAGGAGCCGUUUGGAAAAAACCGGAACCAAACGGGCCUCGCAUAAAUUGUAAGUAAGUAAAGGUAAGAAAAAUUCCUCGUUUUUUGAGAUACUCGUAGUGUGUGUUUUUCUCUUUUUCCUCUGCUUUUUUUUUUCGGUUUUUCACAUUUGUCGAAAAAACAUCAGAGAGAAUCUAAAAAUGAUCUCCUUAAUUUACUAUGGAGAUAAAAUUUCCUUUCAGAAAAUAAACUACACUUGAUACAUCGGAGCAAGAUUUCUGGUAGAAAAGUUUGCACAACAAAUCGAGGAAUAAAAAUAGUCUGAGUGAGCGACAGCUGGAUAAACUUAAAAUGCAUUUGUUUUUUUCCUGUUUGAGUAAAAGGAAAAAAAUAAGUGAAAAUAUUUUUUUUUUUGAAAUACAGGUUUGAACUCGUGAAUAUAAGAAGGACAAUAUAGAGUUAUUUAAUAUCCGCAUAAUAUAAGAAAUUCAAAAAGUUUUAAUUUCAAAAUAUAGUCAGUCUGCUCAAUUCUGACUUUACCACCGCUCGAAAAUCGGCAAUAUACAUAUGUUCAAAAUAAAAAAAAAAAAUUGAAAAAUUAGAUUUGUUCCACAUAAUUCUUUACUCAAACGAUUUUUAUCAAAAUUUUAUAUUAAAAUUCCUUUAUAAAAAAAAAAAAAUACUACACUAAACUCGAUUUUUUUUAGAGAAUAUAUUCUACAGAAUAAAAAUUACGUAUAAAACUAGCAAAAUUAAAUUGUCUAUAAAUAGCUCAAAAAUGGCUUAAAUUUGUUAAAAAUUUUACAGUAUCUAGAAAAAGCAAAUAUAAAUUGUCUGUUUAAAUUUUAAGUCCAUAGGAUCGAUACGAAUAUUUUUAACUGAAUUACAAGAAAUAACAAAAUUAAAAAUAAUAAAAGCAUUAUUAUCGUAAAUUUCCCGUUUUUUUAUGUUUCCCAGAUAUUAUUAAAACCACUAGGAAAAUUAAAAAAUGACCUACUAAAAGUACCAUCUAGACAAAUUUCUUUUCAGAAAUAGUGCCACGCGUAUAUAUCUGAGCAAGAAUUAUGGACAAAUUUUUGUACACAGGCUAAAAAAAUAAAAAAAAAAAAAAAAACAUCUUAGUAAAACUAUUAAAUUCUUCANACGCGGGUAUUUACAGUAUAUACAGUAUAAUGUUAAGGUUAACGGGGCUUUUCAAAUUGAUAUAAAAAAAAACAUGUUUAUUAUAAAAUAUGCAUGCAGGUAUAAAUAUGAUAUAUAAGUUCGACAAUGUACGAGUAUAACGGUCGACCGCAUACAUUAUAUUAAUAAAUAAUGUUUGCGUUUAUAUAAUAUAAAGAAAAUUUAUUAAUUUUAAUGGUAUUUGUACAUAUAAAACAUUAUUGUAAUUCAAUAAAUUGUAUUUAAAUGAUUAGUGAAUUUAUUAAUCGAAACGAAAAUAAAAAUAAAAUUAGUAAACGGAACCUGGCUACUCGUAAAAUGAGAAUAGUAACCGGAUGAAAAAUAAGCCACUUUCAAGAUGAUCGGGUGCACACCGAAUAAAAUCAUUGCUUAUUAAUAUUCUGACUAUAUACGUUUUAGCGAUUGAAUAAAUUUGUUUGAUCAUUAAUAUUACGAUACCUAACCUAACGUAUAUAAAUUCAGUGUUGUUUUCGCAAUAAAACUAUAUUGUAUGCGCAUGUUUAUGCAUUCAAGCAACGAAUUUUGCGGUUUUAUAAGCGCCAAAUUAAUCAGAUUCGACUAUUAUCAUCAAGCCGCUCACAUCGUUCGCGAAAAAUUAUUGUGCAAGGUUUUUACAUAGUACAUUCACAAAUUCUAAUAAUUGACACAAAUAAUUUUUUUUGUUACCCAGUUUUGUACAUAGUCAUUUAUGUGCCUAAAUAUUAAACACCAUAUCACAAGUCAGAUUUAAUUUAAUUGUUCUUUAAAUAAUAUGUUGAACAUUGAAUUGAAGCUUGUGAAUGAUAAACUCUAACUAUAAUAUAGUUUAAUACGAAAUCCGUAGCCGAACAUAAAAAAAAUCGAAUUGUAUCUAUACCAAUACGUGAUAACAACUAAUCUUAAAUAUUUGUUAUACAGUAUCGUUCUAACUUUAUACAUAUAGAUAAUUGAUAAGUGUCAACUAAUAAAUAAUUAUACAGAAUGCAGAUUGAUUAAUUAGUAUUGCCAUGUCGUAUUUAAACUGUUUUGUUUUAAUUUUAAGGUAUACGUUCGUAAACGCGUGUAUAUACAUAUUAUUUUUACGGGCCAAUGACAAUUCUCCAAAUGGUAAAUGGGUAUACGCCGUAUACCCUCCAAAACACCACUAUGUAUAUAUUAUUAUUAAACCUUAACAAAAUUGCUUGGUAUUUUUUUUUUCUUUUUAAAUUCGUGUAGCCGCUUAAAUAAUAUUGCCACGGAAAUUUACGCCGGACUCGUUUGCCUCGAAUAUUGAUUAUUCGAUAUUGUGAUUAUAAUUUUAUAUUGAUUUUUUUAAUUUGCUAAUUUCUCGAAUGAGUAAUGGUUUUUUAACUACAGAUAUUAUUCAAGGAGUAAAAGGAAUAUUUGACAUUUUUACAUGCAACUACGUUAUAAAAAUAAUCCUGUUACACCUUUUAUUAUGGUAAAAAAAAAAAAAAUCGGUUACAAUAAUAAUAAUAUUAUACAUCCAAAUGAUUAAUGGCCUAAACAAACGAACUACUGCAGUUGUUAUAGUCUUACCUAUUACGACGGACCGUUGGUCGGUCGGGUUUAAAACAAUAGUCCCAUUUGUCCGAAUAAACGAUUGCAGGAAAAGUAAAAGCGACCGCCAGUCCAGAAUCAUCGUAACGUUAUUACAAUAAUAUUAUAUUAUUACUUACACGUUAUUAUUAUAUAAAAAAAAGCGCAGCGUGGCGUCGUGUUUAAUUUCGUAACGUAUAAUAAUAAUAUUAAAAAAAAAUGAGAAUAAAAAAACAGUGAAUAGGACGUCAGCUCGACACUUGCCAGAACAAUGGCAUAAUAAAUGUGGCACAACGAUAUAUAGAUACGAAACCUAUAGGUACGUAGGAUUCUAUAAUAUUUUCAUCGGUUAUCGGAAGUAUUCAUUUAUUAUUAUUAUUAUUAUUAUUUUAUUUUUUGUUUAUAAGUCGUUGUGAUGCAACGAAAUUUGGCCGCCGAUCGCGAAAUUUCCGUGCUUAUUAUUUCAAUCGCAAACGCCAAUCUCCGGAGGUUAGCCGCGUUAUGGCAGACGAUCGCUUCAUAAUAUACGCGUUACGAAUUUCGUUUCAAUGGAUUUUUUCGAGCCAAUUUAAAAAAUAUACAAUAAUAAUAAAAACCAAGGCGAAUCUAUAGAUUUUGUACCAUGCUAAAAUACUUGUCCCGAUCGACUGUAUGACUGAUCUAUUAAUGCACAGCCUUAACCGAAGGCUGGAGUCAGAAACAUGACAUUCCGAAUGUACUCUGCAAUUAAGUUCAUUUGAACAAAAGUCAACACGUUUAAAUCGUAUUGUUUUAUCAAUUAAUUAAAUAAUUAAGUUGAUCGCUAAUUUGGAAAUUUAAAUUAAAUGAUUAAUCCAAUAAAUUAAUUAACUACCUUUGUAUUAUUGUUAUUACCAUAGUGAAAAUUAUUAAACCCAUAGUUUUUAGCUGCUAUUUUUUCUUUUAAACAUAAGGACGAUCAACGUUAAACACAGGUGGUUUAUUCCGAGAACACGACAUGGUAUACUUUUUUCAGCUCGGUAUUUAACGCACAUUAUCUAUCGAGUUUAAAUAAAUUAAAUUUUUCUUAAUACUACAAUCGGUAACUAAUAUAAUAUAUUCAAAUGGGGUUUAGAUUGUACAUUUAAAUAGUUUAAUAUUGCGUUGAAAUUAAAAAAAAAAAUUGAAAUUAAUUCAAUGUGGUGUAAUUUAAAAUUCACUAGUUAUUUUACAUUGAGUUAAUGUAAAGUUUAGAGUUUAAUAAAAAGUUUAGAUAAUUGAAAAAUUAAAACCUAAGUUAAAUAAUUCAACUUGUAACAAAUGAAUUUUUAUUUAUUUUCCAGUAGAUUUUCUCACAUUUAUUGUUUUUGUUAUUUUAUCUUCGAACGCGAGUUUUUACACUCAACGACUAGUAACAGAGGCACAGACAGAGGCUAAUUAGGGGUUAAUCUUCCCCCCUGCCAAAUUGGCUUUAAAAUGCAAUAACUACGAGGGUUUAUUUAUUGUAACCCAAUCUUUAAAUGUGCGUUAUAUUUCAGCCAAGUUGCAAGGAAAAUCUUGAUACCCAGUUUAUUUAUUGAAAUAUCGGCUUUAUAAUAUUCGAAUUUUCUUUAUAACUUUAAACUUUAUAAGUGCUAUAGUCGAGUCGGGUAGAGAAGACGAUUCUAACAACGUAGUAUUCACGAUUUCUACGUCCCCUUCCGCUGAAAAUUUCUGUGCGCUUCACUGAAUAGUAUGGCCACGGUCACUCAUAUUUACGUUCCGUGUAUCACUUGUCACGUCCAUGAAUAACACGCGUAAUACACUACCUAUAUAAUGUUCGGCAUAAAAACACCAAAUCGUAAAAUUAAUAAUCAUGUUUAUUAUAAAAUUAACGUCGUUUUUUACAACCCUUUGCUCGCUGUACAAGCAAUGAUGCCGAUUAAUCCCACUUAAGCCAGUAAACUCGAGUCCUCGUCGUACUGUUUAUUUCCACGAGUAUCGUAUAUAUUCAAUAGACACUCGAUAAUAUUAUUAUUAAUUUCGAUAUUUUUACGUUAAACACGUGCAAGUGUAAACGGUUAUUAAUCGGCGUGCGUUUAAUAUGCGUGCGUUUAGAUACCAGAUAAUUGUCUGGUAUCCAACAGAAAAAGUGCAAAAUUAUUACCCACUUGUACAGAUAAUAAUAUUAUAAUAUAUUUACAAAAAAAUAUACCACCAUAACAAUAAUGAUAAUUGCAAUAACUAAACUUGAACUUGUUUGCUUUUUUUGUUUACAUACAUACGGGGUGAUCAAUCUCAUUAUCUCGGAAAGCAUUAAAUUAUUUCCAAAUUUGUUUUAAAAAAUACUUAAGAAACAUGCUGUUCUAAAGUUUAACAUUUACAUUAUUUUUUGUCACCCUAAUUUUUGAGGGUGAAACGACUACCCGAUUUUUUAUUUUCAAAUGGUAAUCUUUUCUAAAAAUGUCAUAAAUAGAUAGAGUAGUAGUUCAAAUAAAUUUUGACUAUUACUGUUUGUUUCUAAAAUUGUCUGUAAAACAAAUGUCGAAAAAUAGUAAGACUUCUCGAUAUAAUGAGUGUCUUAUGAUAGAUUGAUCAGCCUGUGCUAUAUGCGACAGUUAACAAUACGCUUAAGUAGGUAUUAAUUUUUUUUUUUUUUUUCAAGUUUCUAAACAUAAGAAACCUUAUAUAACAGUUGCAUCUUUCAGUCCGUCCCCAGUUACCGUUACAUAGUUACGGUCGUUGAUUUGGUCGACAAGGAGAUGAUAUCAUAUAUUAUCUUUAAUUAUAUUUUAUAAUAUCUCAUAUAUCUCAUUAUCUUAUAUAAGCAGCCGUGUCCUGACUGCUAAAGAAUUAACGCAUAGCCUAAACUACUGAGGUUAGGAACUUGUAAUUUUCACAGAAGGUAUGUUUUUUACCUACUUAACUCGCUCGCAUAGAGAGCUUUCUUAACUUGUUUUUAUUAUUGUUAAUUGUAGUUUGUUUUAGUCGAUCGCGUAAAGUCUGAUAAUAUUUUACGACCAAUUAUUUAUUUAUUUUUUUAAUUAUAUUUAUUAAUUUAGAUGAUUAGCCGGGGAUUACUUUUUAACAUCCACAACUCACGUGUUAUUUUUACGGCGACGACGACUGCGACAACGCAGUCACAAAUAUUUAUAAUAGUCAUAAAAUUGUAAAACUGCGAUAAUUACCCAACAUUAAAUUUCAGGUGCACACAUUAAAACUAGGUAAUUCUAAUUAAAAACGGUUCAUUUUUAACGUUCAGAUAAUAUAAAUCGUAUUUUUUUUCAAUAACAUACGCCUAUGCAAUACAUUAUUUACCGCGGGUGAUACUCGUUGUGGACGACAUAAAUACGAUACUAAUAAAUAACAAAAAACAUUUUACGACAUCAAAGUAAAUUCAACACACCACAUAAUUUGAAGACGUAUAGUUCUGAAACCAAUCCCAUUUUUUUCUAUGCGGAUGGUAAGUGUUUUUGACAGUAGCUAAUGAAUAGUGAAAUCAUUUAAAAUUUAUUAAACAUAUUUAACGAUUUAACACGCGUUAAUUGAUUUAUUUAUUAACUUAUCAAUUUUAUUUUUUGUAAAAUUGUUACUUUCAUUGGUGGAGUAUUUGCGCUCCUCCUCUCAUACAGGGAUACUAAACCCUCCAAAGCAAAAAAAAAAAAAACUACAGUAAAAGUUCCUAAAGCAUAGUUAAGUACUUAAGUGAGUCAAGUAUCGAAAUAACAUACAUAAUUUUAUAGUCGUGUCGUUGUGCCAUUAGGUUUCCAAGCUGCGACCGAAUAUUAAAUGAGAUAAAAGUAAGGUGACGUUAUGAUAAAUAAUUUACCGUACGAAAAAACUGAUCAUUGCUGGAUUAUAGUUAGUUAUAGUUAACCGAUUAGAUUAAUAGAAUUUAUAUACAUAAGUAAUUCAUAUUGAGUUUCUUACGAAAAUGCUCAGAUAGGCACUCGUACGGAAAUGUUAUAAACUAUAGAACUAGAAAAUACGCCACUGAUUAUCCUGGUGAAAAUGUUUACCUUGAUAAAACUUGAUUGUGAAAUUGUUUUUUAAAUUAAAAUCAACACAUGACAGAUUGUAAAUUUUAUGUGGCGUUAAAAUAAAAAUAAAUUUAAAAUAAACUGAGGUCGUGUCAUUCAAAAUCAACUUUUUAUUUUCAUUAAAUUAAUGUAAACGUGAAUUAGUUAUGUUCGUAAAAAAAUUUUAGAAUGAAUGCUAAAAACUUCACCCCGACCUUGGUUUUAGAUUUUGAGUGUAGCGAAGAAUAUAUUAGUUUUACAAAGAUGUUUAUUUCUUUUUUUUUAUGUGAACAACUUUUCUACCAGCAAUUUUACUCCGAUUUAUAUUGAUAGCACUUUUUCUAAAAAGAAAUCUUACAGGAAAGGUACUUUAAAGAAGUCAUCAUUCGAUUUAUCAUUUUUUUUCUCAACAAAUGUGAAAAACCGAAAAAAAAACGGAGGAAAAACGGGAAAAUUUGCAAAAUGUAAAUUUUUUUUGUUUUGAGUUACAGUUGCAAAUAUUAUUAAAAAAAAUGUGUGCUAUCUACUGCUCAGAAUCGUUUUUAUUAAACAAUGGUUUAUCGUUGCUUACAGGUACAAAUUAAUUAUCCUUCUAUAAUCUACCUUCUUAACUUCUCACCAACAACGGUAGCUGCACCCAUCGUGCGAAGUAUGCCCGUCUUUUAGAUGAUAAUAGUACUAGUAAAGAUGAAAAAAUAACUUUCCGGUGGUUUGUAAGACCAGCCAUCACUGAGAUAUAUUUACUACAGAGAUACUUUUUCAUAAGGAGCGUGUAAAAACCUAGAAUUCCAAACUAGAAAUCCUUAUCGAGUAAGAACAAGAAAAUUAAUCAAUAUGUAUGAUUUGUUUUCAUCCGGUUCAGAUUUUUGUGGAUUUGAAAUUUUGAAAUUUUAGAUUUUCACUUUCUAAGUUACCCGUCUAUAUGAUGCUCAAAACAAAUUAUGUACUCUAUUGUUUUUGGUUUGAAAAACUUAAAUAUUGUACACCAGUAUAAUAUAAUAUAUGUUUAUUACAUCGAAAAUCGUUCAUAUUACAUUAGGUAUUACUUUUUACGAUUUGUCAUCGUUUUUCAUUGCAUUUUGAGCAUAUAUCCUGACGAAUGAAAAUACAAAAAAUGUUGUCAUACGAUCGGUUUAGUUGUGGCUAAUAUGUAUAUAAUAUUAUCGGUGUACAAUGUUUAAGUUUGUCGAACCGAAAACAAGAGUGGCUCAUUUGUUUUUAAGCAUAAUCGUACGGACGGCGUAAAUUUUUUUUACACAUUAAGAGUGAACCGUUUUAUUCAAAAGUUUAGAUUUGAAAAAAAAAACCAAUCUAUCUUAAAAUGUACUGUUUAAGAACCUAUUACACUUUUAUUCUGUUCGUAAAUCAAUACUUAUAACUGUAUAUAUGAGUUAUAAAUUACAAAACGAACGGGUUUCGAGUGUAAAACUGUGUAGGUACAUAUUAGUUUAAAAUAGGAUUUUUCCUUUUUUUUUUUAAUAACUUGUAUUACAAAAAAAUGUAUCAUGUUUGUGGUGCGUUUUAAAACCUUAUCAAAAUCUAGAAAUAUUCAAAUUAGAAAUAGAUGUCAAUGUUAAUUUUAGAUUCGGAGCGUGGUGAAGGAUCUAUUAGUUUUACUAUGAUAUAUAUUUUUUUUAUUUUUAUUUGCGUCUGUGGGCAAUUUUUAUACCAGAAAUUUUGUUCCGAUUAUCAAGUUUAACACCUUUUCUAAACGAAAAUUGUAUACGAUUGGUGUAUUAGAGAUGUCAUUUUUUGAUUUUUCAAGGAGGUUUCAAAAUAAUCGGGAAAAACCGGAAAAAAAAUUAUAAGUAAAACAGAAAAUAUUUACAGCACGGUAUACGGAGUUACCGAUUUUAAUGUUUCCUAACUAUGUUUUCUAACAGAAAUAUUGUUCCAAUAGAAAAACGAUAAGAGACUUUUUUUAUUGAAUUUUCAAUAUCGUUGGUGAGUAAGAAAAAUAUUUUUACGUAAAAACGUGGGAAAAACGAAUAAUGUACGAAAUAUAUUAUUUUCAAAUAGUAAAUAUUACGGUCUUUCAAAACGUCAUAUAUAAUAUAACCGAACUCUAAUCUGAAUCGUUUGCAGUGAUUAAUCUCUGCGUACAAUUAUGCAUUCAUUUUUUUCACUACCUUCCCAACUUUUCGCCUACAACAGUGACCCACUCAUCUUGCAAAGUAUGUCCGUUUGUUUAUUUCAAAUAUUAUUGAACGAGUUUAUUUUGUUUGUAUUUAUAGACGGAUUCGUUAAGUUGGGCGUUGACGAGGAAAAAGACCGAUUCGCAAGAAUUGGGCAAAGAAAAACUGAAUCGCGUGUUGACUUUCUUCGACCUUACAGCACUGGGAAUCGGCUCAACGUUGGGAUGUGGUGUGUACAUUUUGGCAGGAGUGGUGGCAAAGUCGAUUGCUGGCCCAGCCGUGGUAUUGUCGUUUGUCAUCGCAGCCGUAGUGUCGGCUUUUUCCGGUAAAAAACAACUGAAAAUCCCUUUUAUUUUAUCUAUUGUCUCGUUUUAAAAUGUUUUUCUUGCGGUUUUAACCCCCGAAUGUUGUUUUUAACUCGAUUUGCUGCCCAUAGCAAUUUCUUAUUAUAAAUUAUAGUUAUCAUAUUUUUUUUUUUAUGGAAUACAAAUAUCAAGAUUUUACAGAUUUAUUUUUCGUUAAUCACUUGAAAAUAUCAUUAAUUUCACGACAAAUAUCGGAAAUCUUUAGUCCCAAAUGUAUUUUGGAAUGUACUUUUUUUAGAGCUUUUAAAUUCAAACAAUUUAAUUUAAUUAAAAUGACGUUAUUAUACAUUCUGACCAUUUUGAAAUUUUUUUUUUUAUAACAGUAUCAAACAUAUUGCCUGUCUUUUUUGUUAAUAACCAAGCGAGAUAUAAUUUAAACAUUUUAAUAUUUCACACACUCUCGCAUAAUAAUAUUAUAUCACUAGGAAAUUAAAAUAUUGAAAACCCCUAUGUUCAAAUGUCAAUCAUAAAAAUUAGACUAAUCAAUUCACCUAAAUACCUAGUAAGAGACCCAACACGAAAUCGGCCAUGCUGAAUUUAAAUUUUUUACGUCGUCAUGUACGUUUGUAAUUGAAUUAAAUUUUAGUAAAAACGUAAUUUAAAACUCGGGUAAUUUCAUAUUCAAAAACCGUUUCAAUAAAUAAUGAUCUAAUUUUUGGUUACCGUCAAAACUCUUCUUUAAUCUUUAUUUUUCUAAAUCACGAUACUGGAAUAUAUUUCGUUUUCCGCGCAGGACUGUGUUACGCCGAAUUUUCCGGUCGAGUGCCAAAAGCCGGCUCCGCGUACAUUUACAGUUACGUGGCUGUCGGCGAGUUCACCGCGUUCGUCAUAGGCUGGAAUCUGCUCAUCGAACAUCUUAUCGGUAAGGACGAUGAUUAAUAAAGUUAAAAAAAUAAUAUUGCAAACGACUCGUGACUGCCGAUCGUGCUAUAAUCGCAAAAAACAGUUUACAUGGUAUUCUGUAAUGAUAUUACGUUUAUAUAGUAUGUUUAAUCAGGAAACACGAAUAUGCAACUUAAAAUACAUACACGUAUAAUAUCGAAAGCAAAUUAUCAAGUCCUGCAGUUCUUAAAGGGAUUCUUUUGAGCAUUUUUCCAAUUUUCGUAGGUAUACGAAAAGAAUUUUAGAUUCUAAGCGAAACGAGCAAUUGGUUUAACUAUAACGUGUUCUAAAUAAUUUUUUUAUUUUUACUGUUUGUACCUAUAAGUAAGUUUUCUACCAGAAAUAUUUCUCCGAUAAAAAACUUUAUUAGAACAUUUUUAUAAUAUUUUCAAUCUAGUUAGUGCAUUGAAGAGGUAGUUUUCUAUUUUUUUUUGUGGUUUUGUGGUUUUCUUAAUAAAAUUGAGAAAAGUUGAUAGUUUUUUUUUUAAAUUUUUUGUUUUCUUGGGAAAUGUAUAACUACGUGUAUAUAUAUUUGAGUUGGGAAAUUAUUUUCCCCGACAUGACCGAUUGUAGGUUUCAAAUAAGUUUUAAAAACGAUUGUAGAACCUAUCAAUUAUUUUUAAAUCGAUUAUAUUUUAAUUAGACCAUAAAACAAAAAUUAAAAAUUGAAAAUCGUAUUUUUCAACUUAUUAUAUUAUUGUAGCCUAUUGUGUAUCGUGCUUUGUCUUUUGUUUUAAUAUAUUUUUUUUUCUUGUUACAACAUGAUUUGAUCUUUUUUACUAAAGGAACUGCUUCCGUGGCCAAAGCUAUGAGCAACUACUGUGACACGCUGUUGGGUAAUCCGCAGAAGAGAUACAUGAUGGAACAUUUUCCCAUACACGUAAGUUUUCUGGCUGAAUAUCCGGACGUCGCUUCGUUCGCCGUGAUCGUUAUAAUCGCACGUAAGUAAAAAUAAAAAAAAACAAUAAGUUAUAAUAAUAAUCAACGUUCAUGAAGACGUUAAUGUAUAUUAAUACAAGGUCAGGUUUUUUUAUAUCUCGAUCUAGUAAUUAUAUAUUAUCUUCGAAUAUUUUUAAUAUAAUUCCAGUCAUUAUGAAAUCGUUUAAUGUAGAAAUGAUAAAAUUCAAAAAAAUGUUCAUAAUAAUAACAUCUUAUUCCGUAUAUAUACUAUAAAAAUUAAAAACGACGAUAGUAAGAUACGAGAAUAAUUAUUGUUUAAAAUUAGUAAAACGAACGGGUUAUCGUCUAAAAAUGAACACAAAAAAAAUGUGUAUCCUUUUUUACGUCUUCGGCUUGGAUUUCCGGUAACUUAUUGCGUCACAACUAUUGUUAUACUCAUGAAGAAUAGGUUUAUCCAAAUAUUGCACGUAUAUUAAUGUCUUUACGUAAUAAUAAAAUUAUACGCUAGUCGUAUGCAAACAAAAUUAUAUUACUUAAACAAUCUUGUAUACAUAUUGUCUAUCCGGGUUGUAUAAAAAGAAAAAAAAUGCAAACUCUUUCAAUUAUUAAUUUUUAUUAUAAACUUUUAACUAGUCGUCCAACUGCGCGUGUACGAGAGUAUACGUAACGUAUACAUGACAACAUGUCAUUAAACAGGAUUUUAUCCUAUCGUCGACAGGGUGAAAAGUUUAAAUGGUGACACAGAAAGCGGUGUUUUGUUUUGGAAUAUUGUAUACAAUUAAUUUUUUCUGACACGGAAUAUGAUAUUUUUUCUCUCGUUUAUUUUCAAAUCGUUUAAACCGUGGCCUUGUUAAGUUUGGAAAAAAAAGUUAAGUCUUACGAACGCACGACAUGGCAAAUUUGCGUUUAGCUGAACCGAUCUUAUGCUCAUAUUUAAUAUCGGAAUGGAUUGGUGAAAUACUAAACAAUUUAAAAAUAUCUAUAUCACGCUUAGAAAUUAAAAUCACUGGAAAAAACACCGUUAAAAACAGAUAAUAUUCUUACCCACCCUUAAGUUUGAUAAUGUGUUAAUUUACUCUUAUAUUCAUAUUAACGUCACAAAAUUAAUUAUGCCUAACGUAUACAUUCGCAAUGUUAUGCGCAAGACGGAGACAACAAACAAAGACGUCCACUUAAUUUUCUAGAUAAAAAAAAAACGUGUUAAAAAUUAUAAUUAUAAUUAUACGAAUGCACGGAAAUCACAGAAUUGGCCGAUAGUAUAUUAUUAUAAUUUAUUGUUCGAUAAUAAUUAUUAAAAUAUUCACUUUUUAUUAAUUUAAAAUUCAUUUACUAUGUAUCUAUUACGGUUUCGCAAUGAAAUAUAGUUCUAAUUUUUUAUCGAUAUUUGAUAAAUUGCAACAGUUAAAAAAUACCAAUGUUAUUAAUUAUAGUAUUAGUGGCUUGGGGCGUCCGCGAAUCGUCGUUCACCAAUAACAUAUUCACCUCGCUCAAUCUGAUCACCAUUUCCGCGGUAAUCGUCACCGGAUUUUUCAAAGGUACAUUAAAUAAAUACGGAUAUAAUCAUUCCUCUCUCCGUAAUAAAAAUGAUUGCAUAAUAUGAUAACAUGACGUUUACGAUUUUGACUGGAUACUCAGGAAAUUUCCACAACUGGUCCAUCCCGAAAAGCGAAAUACCGUCCGACGCAAACGGCGGUGAAGGAGGAUUUCUGCCUUUCGGUUGGGUCGGCGUCGCGGCGGGGUCGGCGAAAUGUUUUUACGGAUUUGUCGGUUUCGAUUCGAUCGCCACGACGGGUAAUUAUCAUCAUAUUACAAUAGACGUUUUGAUCUUUUUAUAAUAUUAUCCUUCGGCAGGCGAAGAAACGAAAAAUCCCAAAAAAGACAUACCGUUGGCGAUCAUGGCGUCGUUAUUCGUCAGCACUAUAGCCUAUUGCGGUAUAUCCACCGUCAUGACCCUUAUGUGGCCUUAUUACGCACAAGUUCGUUUUUAAAUAUUUUUGUUUUUUCAUUCGACUUCGUUGUAUAAGUUUGUUCAAAUUGCCUUCAGGAUGCAGAUGCACCGUUACCGGUCCUCUACGAGAACUUGGGAAUGCCGACAGUCAAAAUGAUGGUGUCCUGCGGGGCAAUAUUCGCACUGUGCACCAGGUAUUCUAUUUGUAUUUUAUUUUUAGGUUUUGAGUGUACGAUGAAGAAGCUAGAAUAACGUUUUACUAAGAUGUGGUUUUUUUUAAACACACGUUUUCGGUUAGUAGAAAUUCCCCGAUUUUAUUUCAUACCUUAACAAAUGCGGAAUUUCCGAACGGCGUAGGUAGUUUUUUUUUCAAUAUCUUUUCACUACUUAUAAUUUGUUGUUAGAUAGAUUAUACAUUAAUAAAUAUUCACUUUGUAUUAAUUUAAAAUUCAUUUACGAUUCAUUAUGUUUCACGAUAAAACACGGUUCUAAUUCUUUAUCAAUACUUGAUCAAUUACAAUGAUUAAAAUAAGGUACGUCGGGUUUUUUUACUUUUAACCAAUAAGAUCGUUUUUAUACUUUUAGUCUUUUGGGAGCGAUAUUUCCGCUUCCCCGUAUUCUAUACGCGAUGGCUAAUGACGGUCUGCUGUUCAAAUUUCUUGCGAAAAUUAACCAAACGACCAAGACUCCGUUGAUAUCCACGGUCAUUUGUGGCGUUGGCGCCGGUAAGAUGAUAAUAUUAAUUGGUGGCAGCCAAAGUCGGAUGUUUAUUAAAAUUAUUAUAUUUAAUAGCGAUAUUAAUCGUGUUUCGUUUUUCUAUUCAGGAUGUCUAUCAGCCUUAUUCAACCUCCAACAGCUGAUCGAAAUGGCGUCCAUCGGUACCUUGCAGGCGUAUACGAUCGUGUGCAUAUGCGUCUUGAUUUUGAGGUUAGUCGAACGGCGGUAAGCGUCGAUUUUUUCGACGGUUCGUGAAACGUAACUCGCAUUAUUUUUGCAUAGGUACAAAGACAACAGUCCUUCGAUUCAAGAUAAAACAACGAAAUCGAAUACCUCUUCGAUCCGCACCUGGCUGAAUUUGUCGAAUACUAAAGUACCGAACGCCGACACUCAAUACGUUUCAAGAGCAUUGAUAACCAUAUUUAGUAUGGCCGAUUUUUAUUAUUUUUUUUUUUUUUAUAUAUACGUUUAAAAUCUAUAAAAAGAUAAAAAUAAAAUUACCCUUUCUAAACAAUCAUAAAAUGACAUAGUUUGUGUAACCAAUUUUCAAUGUCGAUGGCAAAUAUUUGAAAUAAUUCCGUUGUAUUUUAUCGUUAAUAAGUCAUACGCAGUUCUUGAUUUUACAACCAAACAAAUUUUUUUGCGGGCUAUUAACCCGUCCAAAACAAAUAAAAUCGAAUUUUCACAUUAACAUUGGUUCAAUUACAAUAAAAAGAGUUAAUACUGCUAAUAAAUGUGCCACUGUUGUAGGUGGAGAAUUAGGAAGGUAAAUAUAUAGAGUGAUUUAAUUUAUAUCUUUACGCAUCGAUUGUCAACGAAAAACGAUUCUGAGUCAAGUUUGGUGAACCGUGUAAUUAAAUGCCAUUAUUUUACGAUAUUCAUUCAAAAUGUAUAGGUAAUUAGACAUAGAGUUCUUAUAAUGACUACAUUGCUUUAUUCUAUUAUUAUUAUUAUUUAACAUUAUUACAACUGGGUAUAAGUUAGUACUAAUAAAAAUUGGACGGUUUUUAAGAGAAAGGACUUAUAAGUCAAAAAAAAAAAAAAUCUACUUUUCAUUAGAGACAAAAAAACUUCAUAGUAUUUUGUUUUUUAAUUUUAAAAUUUUGAUUUUACAUUUGUUUCGUAUAUUUGUUCACGAUGCGUGAAUUAAUUAUGAACCAUUGAAUAAAUGUUUCUUUUUAGCAGAUUAAACUGACUUAAGGCCUUUAUAGUAUUUACCUUUUACGGCAUGUAUUUUCUCAUUAGGACUUGAACCUUUCUGCGUACAUUGUAUUGUGAUGUAAUUGUUUUUUCAUGAAAAAAAAGUGGGCACAUAAUGUCAAAAAUGCCACCAUGUACUAAACAACAGAAAAUAGAUUAAAAAUGUCGUGUUAAUUAUUUGUCUUCUUUAAGAAAUAAAAACAAUUUUAAAUUGUUAAUAGUUAAAGGUGAAAAUCACUUGAAACAAUUAAAUCACUCUGUAACGGGUAAAAUAUUAUGUAUGUGCGAGUAUUUUAUUUUAACCUAUAUGAUUAUUGUUAACUACUUGUUUUAACGGUAAAUUGUGUCGGUUAUUUUAACAGCCGCCAUUUAAUUCAAUUAGACUUAUGCGUUUUAUUUCAAUGUUGCAGCUGUGUUUUCGUUUGUAUUCGGAAUAAGCCUGGCGAAUAUGGAAUCGCAUCGUGGCACUGUCAAGACAGUACUGAUGCUCGUAAAUCUCGUGUCGUUAUUUGUGUUGUUGGUCACGUUACUGAUGCUGGGUAGACUGCCCGAAGCUCAAGAAGAUCUGUCUUUCAAGGUAACCAAAACAAAAACGAACAAAAUAUUUGAAUUAUAUUGCGCGUUUUCAGUGCCGCGUAUAAUCCGACGAUUAUUUUUAAUAAAAACGAGUCAAGUCAAAUACCAGUUACUUUAUAAGAGAGGCGAAAUACUUUAUAACUUUGUUUUUUAAUUUUUUUAGAAGUCAACCUUUAUAUUUUUCUUAAAAUUUGUUUAUAAUAUGUGGAUCAAUUCAAUUAGUUAUAUUCUUAUUAUUGUCUAAUUUAAUGGUAUUUAUUUCUAUUAUUAACAAAAUGCAUUUUAUAAUAUUUUGAUAACAAAUCGCAUCCGAAAUUACAGCGGAACCAUUCAAGCGUGAAAUUCCACACUGAACUGAUGCAUAAACCGAAAAUAGCCAAAAUUGACUGAAGUCCUUUCUCAUAAAAAACCGUCCAAUUAUUAUGUUUAAGGGUUGUGAAAAAAUCGAUUUUCACAAUCUAUUAUUCUCAUAACUGUUUGGUUUAUAGGUACCCAUGGUGCCGAUUAUACCGUGCUUGAGCGUUGUGUUAAACGUUUACCUGAUGAUGGAACUUGAGUACAAGACGUGGAUACGAUUCAUACUGUGGCUCGUGUUCGGUGAGUACAUUAUAUUAAAAUAUGUAUCAGUAACCAAUAGUUCUUUGGUGGUACAUGGUGACAGGGAUAAAGGAAAACAGUAUUUUCUUUCCCAUAUAGAAAUAUUGAACUGUUAUUAAGUAUUCAAAACCCGCAGAUAGUUUUGAUAUCAAAAAGGACGUAGGUAUAUUGGGUUUGACCACAUUUUAAAAAGACUUUAAAUUACUUAGUGAGGUGAGUAGGUUCUACCAAAAUCUUGUAACGGUCUAGGAAACCGCACAAAGGCCGCGUUAAUCUAAAAGAGUGAGAGCUUUGGAAUGUAGGUUUAAUAAGUCAUGUGUGAAUAAAAUCAAAAACCUGAAGAGCUAAUAACGUAUAAUCAUCUCAUGAUCUAAAUCAGUGAGACCGAGGUUUUCCUUGCCGGUCGUUUGCGGUAAUACAGGUACGUGGCUUGUACUGUUUGCUGUUGUAUUAAUUCGGCGAACCAGUCGGCGCUGCUGAUUGGUCGGCGCCUCAAUUAAUGCUCGGUGCUCGUGGCGUCGCCGGGUCGUAACCGCCGUCGGGCGUUUCGUCAUGUUCGUUUAGCGGCGGAUUGCUAAGGACUUCUGGAUUCUUUCUUCGUAGUAAGAUUCUGUUAUGUGUUGCUUGAAGAGUUGAACAGAAGUAACUCUCUUUUGCAUUGCUUGAAAGAAUGAUCAGAAACGAAUUUCCCGGCCGUUGACACAAGUUUCGAGACUGAUCCCAUAUCUUGGAAUGGAAGGUGAGGCUGGGUUGAUGGACUUAAUUGAUUUCCAGCAGUCUAGAUGAGCUGGUACGUUUUCACUCAGUAGUAACGUUAGCUAGUCCGCGAGUUUAAAGGUAGGUGAGUAAAGAAGUGGAGGUCCAUGGAACAUGUUAUGGAAUGCUGGGGUUAUUUCUUUGAUGUCAUCGAUGCCGGAGCUUUAUUGGAGAACCGUGUUCCCUUCAAACCUUGGUGAACCGGUAAUAGUGCGUAAGAAAAUAUUUUGGUGACACGUAGUUUUAUCCAGAGGUGUUCGGAAAGGAGGGCACCCCAUGCUGGGCCCACAUAGGUUAAGAUCGAAACUAUUUACAUAUUUAGUAUAAUGAGAUUGGAUCUAGUUGAAAGUGGGCUAUGAAGUGACUCUCUGGCAGCGAUGCACUCGUAUAUAUAAGUCCUGCCAGACAGCUAGUCACCUUCCAUUAGUGGAAUGUUUUUUUCUGACGAAGAAAAGACACACUUUGGGCCCAUGUUAGUGGUUACCCGGGUGUGCUUUUACUUCGUUAUUUAAUGACUUUGUUGGUCCUGAAAAGGACCGUUUUAUUACGCCGUGAUCGCUCCGUUACAGGCAGGGUAUAUCUUGUGGGACUUGCAGUCCAAUUAUUAAUAAAAUAUAAUCUAUAAGGUUUUGCACUUUUUCCCUGGUACCUAAGAAUAUAAUAUUAUGACAUCGUGUGUAUGUAGAAUAAUUAUUAUUUGAAUGCAAAUGAUUCGUUAAAAUAACAGCUUUAAUGUAUCGACCAUAACGAAUCAAAUAGCACGUCGAUUAUUCCGUUGACUGUACUCGCAGAACAUAUAGUAAAUUGAACGGCGAUCGUUUUUAUGUUGUUAUGAUUUGACGCACUCUAAAGUAUAUUGAUUCGUUAUUAUUUUCGAAAUGAAAAUUGUUUGUUUAAGUAGGUAAUAUUGUAUACGUAAAUAUUUUAUCUGUCUAUGAUUUAUACAUUACAUUUAACAAUUGAUAUAUUUUAAUCAACACACGUAUGUUUAAAUGAAUUCGGCGUAAAUUAUUUGUCGAUCGAUGGUUGCAACGCUUUACGUAUUUUUUAUAUAUAUUUACGUAUAUACGAAGUUAAGUAGUACAACUACAUUAUAUUAUACAGGGUAAUCGGUAAUUUUCAGCGAGAUACUCACUGCAAAAUUCGUUUCACCAUGAAAAACUUAAAUGGUAUUUAUUUUAGAUACCAUAUACCGACUAUCAAACAUAUACGAGUAGGUGUGUGAUAAAUAUAUAUAUAUAAAUGUAUAAUAUUAGCAUUUUUAAACUAUUAUUUUAUUGAUUACAGAAAGACAUGUAGAUGAAAACUUGAUUAAUCACGAAAAUAAUUUAAGCAACAUAUAUUAAUUUAAUUUUAAAAACGAAAUGUAUGCUUCAAAAAUGUCUUUUAUAAAUCUUUUAUAAAGAAAAAAAAAUAAAUAAAAAUAUUUCUUUACAGUUACGACCUAGUACAUUAAAUGUAUAUUUUUAAUUUAACGAAAUAUUUUAUCAAAUCGUAUAAUGUACAUUCAAAUAUUGAUUUUUCUGUAAGAUUUUACUUUUUCUUCUGUUCGCACUCCAACAAUAUUUAAAUUGUUAUUAAUUAAAAUCUUACUAUAUACGAGUGUAUAGAGUACCUAUACAUAUAUUAUUUAAUGUAGUGACCGGUGGCCACUGACCAUUUUAUACUUCGUAUAGUUGAGAUGGUUAAUUUCACUGUUUAUACGUUUUAAGGUUUAACCUCCUCAAGUGCCCUUUCAUAAUUUCACCCAAGCCCUACUCACUUAUAGCAUAUACCUAUCACAUAUAUUGAAACCACUGUCAAUCAAAUUUCGGUUAAAUAUUUUAUUACCGAAAUUAUUGUAUUAGGUAUACAGCUUAAAACUAUAAGUAUACUUUACCAAUAUAUGACAUUUUUUCAAAGCUAAAUAUUAACUAGUUAAAAAGUUAAAAGUUACGUUAAUUGUAACUUUAAAAUUACAGUUUUCUGUACGUAUUUAAUUUAAAGCAUUUGAUUUUAUAUUAAAUUAAUAAAUAACAAGUAAAUUAUUAUAUUGGGUAUUGCGAUUUCUUUUAAUAAUACUAACAAUAUGUAUUAAAUCUAUAAUCUAUAGGUAGGUACCAUUGUACGAAUAAUAAUUUUAUUUAUAAAAAUCAAUAAAAUAUGUGCGUGUGAAGUGUUAUGUCAAAAAUAAAUAUAAUUUGAUAUUCUCGGUAUAAUCUCCCGAAUCCCAAAUUGUUCGUGUUUGUUUCAAAAAGAAAUAACACUUUAGAUCGAAUCAUUUUUCCUAUUACACGAAAAUAACAAUUUUACAAAAAAUGAAUUAAAAUUAAUAAAAUAUUUCAUAUAGUUUUCAAAUUAACUUUUAUUUUAUUUUUAUUAGUAAAUAAAUAAAAUAUAUAACGUGUGUUAAACUCUGCUAAAACGAUAACGACUUUUUUUUCACUAGUCGAUUGCAAUAUUUUUAAAAUUCAGAGCCUUUUUUAUAACGCAUAAAAGGAAUUUAAUAAUAAUGAGAAGCUCAAAUCAAUGUCUUAUGUACGUGCAGUAUGUGUUGUGAAUACGUACGAUAAAGUAAGGUGCCGGAACAAAAACGUAUGCUAUUUAAAACGCGGAAAUUAACGAUAAAUGUGACUCACGAUUUCCGCGAGUCGCAAAUUAUUCGCGAAUACCUGUAUAUAUAAUAUAUUAAAAAGUCUAAUGUUCGAUAUUCAUAUCAGAAAUAUUAUUUUACAAAUUAUACUACGUUUCGUUAUACAUAUUAUUACGAGGGGGCCGUUGUCUAGUCAAGUGUUUUUUUUUUUUUUUUUUUAUUUUAUUUAAACUGAACGUCGGAAUGUGUCUGUGUAAAGAUUAAAAGACGUCGAAUCGAUAAUAUUGUUAGGAGGGAAAAAAAAAAUAAAAACUAGAUUGUCUGUAAUCGAAAAAUAUGCAUACCUUAACAAUGUGAAAAGUGAGAUACGUUGCGUCGCAGAGUCUCCUUUAAGUAUAUAGCUAACUGGGAAAAACAAUAAGUCGGUCAAAAAAUAAUAGCAUUUGAUAAAAAAAACGCCAGAACACAAGCGUACGAAGUAAUACAAUUUAAUAAUAAUAUAUUACUUUGAAGGGAAAAACAUGUUGAAUAAACAUGUACACUUUUAAAUUGACAAAUUAACGUUUUCAAAUUAACAUUAAAAUCGAAAAUGUUAACGCAAUAAUAAAACGAUUGACUCGAUUUGACCGUAUAUUAACAAUAAGAUAUUAUUUAUUAAUUCGUUCCCGGUAUUGGAAAUUUUUAAUUAGUUGAUGUUUCAAACGUUUUCGACGCGUGUAUCUGAUAUUUUGUCAAAAAAAAAAAAAUAGUCCAUACUCUUCGAGAUAAUUUUAAUUAUGUAAGGAUUAUAUUCGUAUAGAAUCUAAAAUUGUAAUAGUGACAUAUUCGGUCGAACGGGCUACAUCUAUUAUAGGUACUAUAGUGAUGUCGUUUUACUAAAAAAUGACAUUGGCCUUUUUGACCCAAGCCCCAGAAUUAAUUUCGAUUUUCGAGAUACCCUUAAGUUCGAUAUUUCUAUUCGGUAAUACACGGUUAGUUGCAUACACUUAGCGUUGAAUUUUAUGUACUAUGUAUAAUAAAUUUUAUGAUGGUUUCAGGCUUGAUAAUAUACUUGUUCUACGGGAUCGAGCACAGCGUGGAAGGCAAGAAUCAAAAAAUCGAGAAAAACACUAUUCAAUUCAAACCGCCGAAACAGUCGGAAGUAGCGAUGAACUGAUCGAAAACCGAUUAUUGGAUAAUUCUCAUUUUCGACACUCGGUCCAGCUACAAUCCCAGUCUCAGCUCAGUCUCGUGACCGUCUCACCGAAUAUUUAUAUUUAUUUAAAUUGAAUAUAUUAUUAUAAUAUUUACUUUGCUUUUACAAAAAAAAAAAAGCAUAUAUGAAUAAAGGUGUUCAUAAAUAGUAUUAAAUUUGAAUUAAAUGUCUAAAGUUUUUUUUUUAUUUUUGCCUUCGAUUGUAAUUGUUGUUAUACGGAAGUCAACCCGACGGAAAUAUGAAAUCGGGACUAUUUAUAAUUUUAUGAUAAUAAUAUAAUCGUCUCAAUCACAGAAUUUUUCUUUAAAUGUAUUAAUGGACGUUUAUGAAAAAGAUUCUAGGACAACGAAAAAAAUUAUUAUUACGGAAUGUUUUAUCACGUUAAAAGUUAUUUAUAUUUUAAUAUGUAUAAAUUAUAUUUUAAUUUUAUCCAAUAAUUUAAUUUGAUGUAAGGAAAAGAAAUUAUUAUUAUUGUUAUCAUAUUAUAGCUGUACACUUGUACAAAUAACAUUUUUGUAUAAUAUAUUAAUAUUAUUAUUAUUAUUAUACCGACCAAUAUUUAAUAUUAAAACUUUUUCUAAUUUAUCAUUUGUUUAAAUUCUGAGUGAAAUGGAGAAACUAUCACCUACUGUUAUUAAGAUGUGUUUUUUCUCCUCGA